AUUUAACCGCAUAAGAAUAUUUGUUAGCAAACUUGAUUCCUGGUUUGAUCGACCCCAACUGCACAAAGGAUCGAACUUGCAGCGUCUUUUUUAAUUUAAUUCAGUUGAAAUUGAAAUUGUUUUCUCAGAUUCCGUAUCAACGCUUCCGCAUGAAACCCUAGAAAUGAGUGCCGCAGGUGGUGCAUUUGGUGGCAAUAGGGGGCUCCGUCCAGUGCCUCCAGAAAAGGGAAUAUUCCCCUUGGACCAUUUGCAUUUGUGUGACAUAGAGAAGGUGGAAUAUCUAAAUUGUUUGAAGACUGAGGGACACCAGUCUGAAAAAUGCAGGCAAUUCUCAAAAAAAUACCUGCAGUGUCGCAUGGAGAGGAACUUGAUGGCAAAACAAGACUUGGCUGAACUAGGUUUUAAGGAAAGUAAUGUAGAAACUCCUGGUGGGAAAGUUACUGAUAAGGUUGUUACUCAAGACCAAUAAACUGGAAGAAUUAAGAAUGUACAUUGAUUUCGAGGUUGAGUUUUGGUAAUGCCAUUAUCUUGCCAUUCAUUUGAAAGUAAUGUCUAAGCAUGCUCUGAGAACAAAAGAUGUCAGUGAACAGAAGAUGGUGGACAGUUUGUCCCAUUCCUCUUCUUUUAAACUCAUGGACUUUGAUUUUGUUCCUUUAUGGAAAUGAUUAAAAAUCGACUGGGUUAGGCUAGUCAAUUCAGUUGAAAAGAUUGGUGAACAAGUUAGCUGUUGUGUUUGUUUCAUUCAACACCAAAAUACCAAAUGAUCAUUGAUGAGGUGGUUGAGCCAGUCCUUGAAAUAAGUUUCUUUUUUAUUCAAUCAAAAGCAUUUUCGUGUACCAAACA